AUGUCUCUGGACGUUGGGUUGUUUUCCGUUUUGGAAAAAAGUCUUUCCUUAGAAAAGUCGGAGCUCGAAGCGGCUCAGCACUUUCUCGAGGAAGCAGCCAAAGUAGACCUUUUUGGUUUGCUCAGACAACUCAGUGAUGUUUUGGUUAACGUUGAGUGUUCUCCUCCUGUACGUAUGCAAGCUGGCAUUCAGCUAAAAAACGCCCUAUACUCCAAAGACCCGGCGCUCAAAACACUUUAUCAACAACGGUGGUUACAGGCUCCAGUGGAGUCACGGGAGUAUAUAAAAAAAACUGUCUUGCCGCCUUAG